GGAGCAAUAAUUUGCAUCCAGAUGGAUGACGAACUGUUGACCACAGACAAAUGGAAUCGCCCACCAAUUACUUUACUAGUUUGCAUAUGAAAAUCGUGCGCAAUACCAAUGCUAAAUUCAAAAUGCAGUAAUUUAUUUGGCCUACUCCACCCCACUAGUAUUCAUUAUUCAUUAUCCUCCUCCGCCCCCGAUCAAGAUCACCGUCCUCCUCCUCCCCUAACUUCACCGUCCACGCGUACACCGCCCUCCUUUAAAUAGUGAUUGGCGAUCACGUAGAAAUUGCAGCAAUCAUCUCUCAGUAAAGCAGCCAUGGCGGAAACGAAGCCGUCUCUCUUCUCCCCUUACAAGAUGGGCCAGUACAAUCUCUCACACAGGGUGGUUUUGGCGCCGAUGACUCGAUGCAGAGCGCUGAACGCCAUGCCUAAUUCCGCCCUAGCUGAGUACUACGAGCAGAGAGCCACGGACGGCGGAUUUCUGAUCACGGAGGGCACCAUGAUCUCCCCCUAUUCCGCAGGGUUCCCGCACGUGCCGGGCAUCUUCAACAAGGAGCAAGUGGAGGCGUGGAAGCCGGUGGUGGAGAGGGUGCAUGCUAAGGGCGCUGUUAUCUUCUGUCAGCUCUGGCAUGUCGGUCGAGCUUCGCAUCCAGAACUUCAGCCUGGUGGUAUUGAGCCAAUCUCCUCAACGGACAAGCCGAUAUCCAAAAGGUGGAGAGUGCUACUUCCCAACGGGAAAUACGAGAUUUAUCCCAAGCCCCGCAAAUUGGAAACUCACGAAUUGCCUGAGCUCGUACACCAAUAUCGCCAGUCGGCCAUAAACGCCAUUGAAGCAGGAUUUGAUGGCAUUGAGAUCCACGGAGCUCACGGUUACCUCCUCGAUCAAUUUAUGAAGGAUGGGAUCAACGAGCGGACAGAUGAGUACGGUGGAUCCCUCCAAAACCGCUGCAAAUUCAUUAUACAGGUAGUUGAAGCUGUUGUUUUUGCUAUUGGUGCUGAUCGAGUAGGCGUCAGAAUAUCACCUGCAAUCGACCAUCUUGAUGCAAUGGACUCCAAUCCACACAGCCUAGGACUAGCUGUGAUUGAGAGACUCAACAAACUGCAGUUUGCCUGUGGUUCCAAACUCGCCUAUCUACACAUCACUCAGCCACGAUACACAGCCUAUGGGCAGACAGAGUCGGGCAGGCCUGGCAGCGAAGAGGAGGAGGCACAGCUGUUGAGAACUUGGCGAAAUGCAUAUCAAGGAACAUUCAUUUGUAGUGGUGGGUUCACCAGGCAGCUAGGUAUUGAAGCAGUGGCGGUGGGGGAUGCUGACUUGGUGGCCUACGGCCGGCUCUUCAUUUCAAACCCGGAUUUGGUCGAGAGACUGAAGCUCAACGCACCUUUAAACAAGUAUGUGAGGGCUACGUUCUAUACUCACGAUCCCGUUGUGGGAUAUACCGACUACCCCUUCCUGCAAUCUAAUGCUGAAAAACCUGCAACCAUAUCGCGGCUUUGAAAUGUAAUGUUAUUACUGCUGGAGCUUCUGUAUCAGUGUGAGUAGAUGAGAAAAUGUGUAAUUUUAUGUUGUAAACCCUAAUAGCAGCUGGUGUUACUCUCUUCCAUCAUUGAGCACAAUUUGUGUUUUUCCAUAUAAUAGCACUUCUUCAAGAUCA